CUGCCAGUGCAGUCGAUUCCAGAAGAAAGGAUUGACAGUCUGCAGGGUAACGGAAGUUGCUUGCAUCCUUAUCAGCAAACUUAUGGGCCUGUUUUAUGCUGAGACUCACUAGAAAGGAGGGUUUGGAAAUCCUGGCCUCCAUGUUAACACAGACCUGCCCCAGCUGCCAUGUCCUCCACCUCUGUGUCAGCAUCCACUUGUGGUGGCAGUGGUGGUGAUGCCGCAGCUGCCAUGGCAACCCAAGCGGCCGAGCAGGCUCUGCUGGCCUCAGACCGCUACGCCAGACUCAUCCUGGCCCAAAUGAACAAGAUGCGGCUCCGCACCGACUUCUGUGACGUGGGGCUCAAAGUUGGAGGCCGUGUCUUCAGGGUCCACCGACUUGUUCUUGCUGCUAGCAGCCCUUACUUCUCCGCUCUGUUCUCCGGGGGUAUGAGGGAGGCGGAUAAAGAGGAAGUGCAGAUCCUUGGAGUGGAAACUGAAGUCUUUGAGGUUUUGCUGGACUUCAUAUACACAGGCAUGAUCAGUGUGACGGUGGAGAAUGUCCAGGAGCUGAUGGUGGCCGCAGACAUGCUGCAGCUAAAUGAGGUGGUGUCCAUCUGUGGAGAGUUUCUCAAGGGCCAUAUGGACCCAUCCAACUGUGUGGGCAUCUUUCAGUUCCUGGAGCAGAUUGCCUGCAUUGAUAUGCUGGAGUUCACUGAGAACUACAUACAUGUUCACUUUCUGGAGGUGUGUGUCACUGAUGAGUUCAGGGGCCUUACGAAGGAUCAGCUGGUGAGGCUGCUUAGGAGUGAAGAGCUGAGAAUUGAGGAUGAGUACCAGGUAUUCACUGCAGCCAUGGACUGGGUUCUCCAAGACGUAGCAAAGAGGAAAAAACAUGUAGUGGAGGUGUUGGAACCAGUCCGCUUCCCUCUGCUUUCCCCACAGAGACUGUUCAAGUACAUAGAGGGUAUUACGGACUUCAGCCUGCGGGUGGCACUGCAGACUCUGCUGAAGGAAUACACUGAAGUCACAAAGUCUCCCAAAGAAAAUAAGAUGUACAGUCAGCUACAACCAGCCAAGAUGAGACCCAGAAGAAAAGCCAGGAAAUACCUAUAUGCUAUAGGAGGCUACACUCGGCUACAGGGCGGUCGCUGGAGUGACAGCCGGGCACUGAGUUGUGUGGAGCGCUUCGACACCUUUAACCAGUACUGGACCACUGUAUCGUCCCUGCACCAGGCCCGCAGCGGGUUGGGGGUGGCAGUACUGGAGGGCAUGAUCUACGUGGUGGGAGGGGAGAAAGAUUCAAUGAUUUUUGACUGCACAGAGAGAUAUGACCCAGUGACCAAGCAGUGGGCCGCUGUGGCGUCUCUGAACUUUCCUCGCUGUGGAGUUGGCGUCUGCCCCUGCCACGGAGCUCUGUAUGCACUUGGUGGUUGGAUUGGCUCUGAGAUUGGGAAGACCAUGGAACGAUAUGACCCAGAGGAGAACAAGUGGGAGGUCAUUGGCAGCAUGGCGGUUCCUCGUUACUAUUUUGGCUGCUGUGAGCUACAAGGGUUUAUUUAUGUGAUUGGUGGAAUCAGUGACGAAGGAAUGGAGCUGCGCUCAGCUGAGGUGUAUGACCCUAUCUCCCGUCGAUGGAGUGCCCUGCCCGUCAUGGUCACACGUCGAGCCUACGUGGGCGUCGCCUGCCUCAAUAACUGCAUUUACGCGGUGGGCGGGUGGAAUGAGGCACUGGGUGCACUAGAGACAGUGGAGAAGUACUGUCCAGAAGAGGAGAAAUGGGUUGAGGUGGCCUCAAUGUCUACAGCUCGUGCAGGCGUGUCAGUGUCAGCAGUUAAUGGGCUGCUGUACGCCGUCGGGGGCAGGGCCGCCAGCAGAGACUUCUCUGCACCGGUGACGGUGGACUCUGUGGAAAUCUAUGACCCACACCUGGAUACCUGGACUGAAGUUGGCAACAUGAUCACCAGCCGCUGUGACGGCGGACUGGCUGUGCUCUGACAGCCAGGAAUAUUCAAAUUGUGAACGUCCAUAUCAGCACCUGAAUCAUCCCAAAACAGAACAGCUGCACCUUAAGAAACACUAAAGUGUGUUUCUGUAUCAAUUAGUAUUUUACAUUAUUGUAAGUGUUAUUUAUAAAUUAAUUAGACAUGUUUUUCUUUUUUAUUUGUCCAGAACAUUUGACAUUUAUUGAGCAUAAGAAUAUGACAGCAGAUCUAAAACUGGAAAACUGCUUCCGCUUACACUGUUACAGAACUCGUCCGUCUCUCUAUUUUCAAUUCACUAAAUCAAUUUACAAGACUAUAAGAGUGGCAGUACCCUUGUUUCUCCCUUUUGAGUGUUUGAAGACGAAGCGAUCCUUGUGAUGAGGAUACUUUUUCACAGCGGAGGAGUUCUAUUUUGGAUGGACCAGAGAGUUUUUCUUCUCAUGUCUAAGAGUCCUAUGGGGACUGUGGACACUGUUCUUGCAUAGAAUGUGAAAGCACAGUUUUUUCCCUUUGUUUUCUCUUUAUAUUUCCUGUUUGAGGUGAGUGCAUUGCUACUUGUAAGUUUUAUCAAACCACUUAAGCCUAUUUAAUAAUGGAACCAAAUUUCCAAUGUGA